CGACGGCACAGGCUACUCCGAGCUCCGCCUUUUAGAUUGCACCGAGAGAAGCCAGCUACAGCUUUGAGUCCAGGCCGGGUUUUCAAGCAUCAAGACGGAAGUAACAGCGGAAAGGAAGUUGCAGGGCCCGCGCUGGGAAAGAGGUGGGGGGACCAGGGGAAGACUCAGAGUGCGAUGGCGGCGCAAAUUCCAAUUGUGGCCACCACUUCCACUCCCGGAAUAGUCCGGAACAGCAAGAAGAGGCCGGCCAGCCCUUCCCACAAUGGCAGCAGCGGCGGGGGCUAUGGCGCCAGUAAGAAGAAAAAAGUGUCCGCUUCCAGCUUUGCGCAGACGUGCCUUUCGCCUUCCACCAUGAUUGUGAGGCCUCCCCAGCCACGUGGAACUACGUGCCUUUUGCCUUCCGCCAUGAUUGUGAGGCCUCCCCAGCCACGUGGAAAUGGUAUCAGCAUGGAAGCCAUGAGUGAGAAUAAAAUGGUGCCCUCUGAGUUUAGCACAGGACCUGUGGAAAAAGCUGCCAAACCUUUGCCAUUUAAGGAUCCCAACUUUGUGCACUCUGGCCACGGUGGCGCAGUAGCUGGCAAGAAGAACAGAACCUGGAAGAACCUGAAACAAAUCCUCGCUUCUGAAAGGGCAUUGCCGUGGCAACUGAACGAUCCUAACUACUUCAGUAUUGAUGCUCCUCCAUCCUUUAAGCCAGCUAAGAAGUAUUCUGAUGUUUCAGGUCUGCUUAAUCCGUAGAAGCCCGUGUGCUUUGAGGUAUAUAGUGAGUUAUUUCCUCCACUUCGCACGUGGGGAACAGAGACCAAGAGGGAAUUUUGAUAUGUCUGGGAAACAAGUUCUCUGUUCUGUGGUGGUCCCAAUUGUCUGUUUGUUUAUUCAUUAAUCAUUCAUUUUGUUAUACAAACCCUGACUGGAGGCCCUCUGUGUACUCUGCGUUGCACUAGGAGCCAGUCUACAAUGAUAAGCAAACUGUGGUUCCUGUCUCAUGGACCCUCAUAGCCUAGACCAUCAUAAAAGAGUCAUGCAGAUAAUGAACUUUAAAGCAACAGAGAUGUGCAUUCCACUGGAAUAUUUUUGCUGCUGUGAAAGUGGAGGGUGAGGUUCUGACCUCCUGUGGGAGUACAAAUAGGCUUCCCCAGAGGUGUAGCUUUGGGGCCGAGUCCUGAAGAAUGGACUGGUGAUUACUGAGCAAAAUGGGCCACAGUUGGGGUCCCCUGCCAAGGAAAGGACAGAUGGGGCAUGGUAAGAGGGAGGAACUUAGAGGCCGGGGACAGUUGGAAUCAGAGAGUGGGGACGUGUGGCUGAGGAGGAGGCUGAGGACAAAGGAAGGCCCAUAGCUGAGGAGCUGCACUGAGGACUUGGGCCUUUGUCCCAAGAGCAGAGGAGCCAUUUUGAGAGAUUUUAUGCCGAGGAAUGACAUGAUCAGAAUUGCACGUUGCAAAGAAGAUCCUGGCUGCAGUUCUAGGGGAAGGGUGGGUGUGAAUGGCCAGUGAUGCACUACAGAGUUGCUCAGGGAGGCGUGGAAGUGGCACAGGGGGUGUUGGAAGAGCUGGAAAGGAGCAUGCUGGAGGUAAGUGGAGCGCAGCAGGGAGGGGCACAUGCCCAGCAUGCUGGGCGUUGGCUCCUGCCUUGAGGAGCACAGACCUGGGACAUUUGUUGGAAGGAGGCAGGAGUCUAAAGGCAGGGAGGGAUGACCAUCAUGAAUUCAGUCUUGGACCUGUUGCAGCCCUUGAGGCACCAACAAGAAGGGUCCCAGAGUCUGAUGUGGUUAUUCCCCUUCCUCUCGUCCAUACCCUGAAGUGUUUCUAGAGUCUGGGAAGGUUAAUGAGCCUGUGCCACAGUGAGUGAUUUAGUGUUCUUGGUGGCAGAGUAAGACAUAAUGAAAAUAUAUAUCACUUUCAGUGAAACAGAAAAAAUUUUUAAACUUAUACUUGAACUUAAAAUAUCCCUACCAGCAAAAACUUUCUGCCCUUCCCUGUGCCUCU